ACUUGUUCUCUAACAGGUUACAAUUUCACCUGCAUACUUCAAUAGACAAACAUACACGGGGAAAGGAGAUAACGCACGAGGAGAGAUGAUUGUGAAGACUCUGUGACGAGAGAGAUGUCGGACCACAAGAAGGGAUUAUUUGAGCGCAUGCCAUAUGUCAGACCCAUAGCGCUCGGCCUCUCCAUGGAUCACCAGAUAGCGCAUUACAAGGACACGCGUGGACUGCCCUUUCCCCUGGACACAACAACCUACCUGGAUCCUGUGUACGGUCAGAGAUUCGCAGGGAGUCUCUCGUAUUUCCCAUUCCACAGGCACAUCGAUGUAUAUGACUAUUCAUUCGAACCAGCGUUCAUUCGAAAAAGGAACGAAAGGGAACGGCAGCGGGUGCGCUGCGUAAACGAGGGUUACGCACGGCUCCGGGAGCAUCUUCCCCAAGAGUUCGAGGACAAAAGACUCAGCAAAGUGGAGACACUUCGUGCUGCAAUAUACUACAUUAAACACUUGCAGAGUCUGUUAGAUGUCAACGUGUCCAGUGGUGGUGGGAUAGUUGAAAUGUCAGCUGGAGAGAUGCGCAGCCGUGCGCCCGUUCCAAAGAUGACAGAAUGCUACAGCGACGGCGAGUCAAAGAACAGCGACAGUGGAGAGUUGCGUUUCUAG